GAAAGAGGAGUGGAAGCUGGUUGCCUGGAAGACCUGAGAAGGGGUCUUUGUCCGAGGGGGAUGGAAUCACCCGGGGUGGCUGGAGAAAAGGAGGCGGGGCCUGAAACGGGUUACCUGGUGCCGAGGAAGAAAGGGGUCACAAUCCGAAAGAAGGGGCCGGGACCCCCACGGAAUUAGGGAGCUAAGUGAGCUACGGGUGAUCUCCGUUAAGUGAUGAGUUGGGCAACACAGUAAGGGAUGUGCGCGCGCAUCCCAGAUUUGGGGUGAUCUACGGACCGAGUAGCAUAAGGAAUAACCUGACUAGGCUGGAAGUGGCGUGCAGAAUCUGACCGAGCUGCCUGCGAAGCAAGCGAGCUUCACUUCCCUUUCUCCGCCAGCCUAGCUAUGGGGUACUGCGCCCUCCAGCUUCUGGUUUUCCUGACCCUCGGGGCCGCUCUCCGCGUUUCGCCGGCCUUGAGAGCCCUCAACAGUCUGCACUUGUCAACUAGCUCCACUUCGUUCCACUCUGUACCCAAGAAGUAUUCGAUUCACUACUUCCAACAGAAGAUUGAUCAUUUUGGAUUUAACAAUGAUAAGACCUUUAAGCAACGGUACCUAGUAGCUGAUAAACACUGGAAGAAAGAUGGUGGAACAGUACUUUUCUACACUGGUAAUGAAGGGGACAUUAUCUGGUUUUGCAAUAAUACGGGAUUCAUGUGGGAUGUGGCUGAGGAAUUGAAGGCUUUGUUGGUGUUUGCUGAGCAUCGAUACUAUGGAGAAUCCCUCCCCUUUGGUGCUGACUCAUUUAAGGAUCCAAAACAUCUGAAUUUUCUGACUUCAGAACAAGCUCUGGCUGAUUUUGCAGAUUUAAUCAAACACUUAAGAAGAACAAUCCCAGGAGCUAAAAAUCAACCUUUCAUUGCACUGGGGGGAUCUUAUGGGGGCAUGCUCGCAGCCUGGUUCAGGAUGAAAUAUCCUCAUAUGGUGGUUGGUGCUCUUGCAGCCUCUGCCCCUAUCUGGCAGUUUGAGGAUCUGGUGCCUUGUGAUGUAUUUAUGAAGAUUGUAACUAAAGAUUUUAGGAAAAGUGGCCCAAAUUGUUCAGAGACUAUCCGCAAGUCCUGGGGUGCCAUUAAUCGAAUUGCUGCUACAGGUACUGGCUUGAAUUGGCUUUCAGAAACCCUUCGUUUAUGUGACCCAUUAAUAGAAUCUGAGGAUAUCCAGCGCUUGAAAGAGUGGAUCUCUGAAACCUGGGUAAAUCUUGCAAUGGUGGACUACCCCUAUGCCUCUAGCUUUUUACAGCCUUUGCCUGCUUGGCCUAUCAAGGUAGUGUGCCAGUUUUUGAAGAACCCCAGUGUAUCAGAUACACAGAUGCUGCAGAAUAUUUCCCAAGCUCUGAAUAUAUAUUACAAUUAUUCAGGUCAGGCGAAAUGCCUGAAUAUGUCAGAGACAGCAACUAGCAGUCUGGGUUCUCUGGGUUGGAGCUAUCAGGCCUGCACAGAAAUGGUCAUGCCCUUUUGUUCUGAUGGUUUCAAUGACAUGUUUGAACCUCACGAAUGGAAUCUGAAGGAAUUUUCUGAUGAGUGUUUUAAACAGUGGCAAGUGAGACCGAGGCCUUCCUGGAUCCAUACUUUGUAUGGAGGCAAAAAUAUCAGCUCACACACAAAUAUCAUUUUCAGCAAUGGUGAACUAGACCCUUGGUCAGGUGGUGGAGUAACCGAGGACAUCACGGACACCUUGAUUGCAAUCACCAUCCCAGAGGGGGCCCAUCAUCUAGAUCUCCGAUCUAACAAUGCCUUAGAUCCCACAGCCGUGCUAUUAGCCCGCUCCUUGGAAGUUAGAUAUAUGCAGCAGUGGAUCCGAGAUUUCUAUGCUAGUCCAAGAAAGAAACACUGAUCAAUUUUCAUCCGUUUCAGUUUUUUUCUUUUAUAUUCAUUCUAUCCAUAUUCCCACUCACUGUUUUUUUUUUCUUUACAUAAUUAAUUUCCCUUGUUUAUCAUUAGAUUUGGUGGGUCAAAGCUUAGGGUAAAAGAGAGGGCAAUGGUGGUGACAGCAGCUGUCCCACACCCCUGGUCCUUGCCAUCUUUGUACCACCUGUGGGGAGAAUCUUUGUAACAGCUUUUCCACACCAUCAAGGGCUCUCUUAACUGAAACAGAGUUCCUGACUGCUUUUAACAGAGGGAGAGUUGAGUUACUUCUUUGUCUUUCUGCAAGCAGGAAUUUGUCUUGGUUUUGAAAUUGAAGUUUCCUUGGCCCAUUUAUCACUCCCCACCACUACUUUCCCAAAAGGAAAAGCAGGAGAUAGAUAAAAAUGAUGUCACCAAAAAAAAAAAAAAAA